ACCUCCCACUCUACACAAUCAAGGAAUUUGCCUGCGCACUCGAUCAAGCGCCUAUUAAGAGUGCAUCAGACGCCCCUAUAAUACGACGCUGUAUACCGCAACGACGAUUCCAGUGCUUUUGGGUACUAUAUUUGGCGGCAAGCUCGACUCGGCCGGAAACAAUAGCGGCGCUACCGCAUCGACUACUUUGGCAGGCACACUCUAGUCGCGACGCCUCCCCUUUGUCCCAGCCGUCGGGCAAGCUCCAACGGGUCACAACAGAACCACCUGCCACUACGAACGCAAUCUGCACAUCGAUCAAGACGACCACUGUGAAGGUCGACACCUUUCACCGGCUGUGUUGCAUGUGCGCAUGAUCUGGCCGCGGGCAUGCCACCUUCACACCCCUACCGCACGCCAGAACCACCCGACUCACCUGUCAACGACUCCGAUUCCGAUGCAGACCUAGAUCUUCAAGAGCUCGACCCGACAACUUCGUCACAGACAGCAGCCAGCUCGGCCCAGCGGGCUCCGCGCAUCGCGCUGCGAAACCUCCGCAUGGGGGGCCUGAGGCGGUCCGGCAACAGAGGUCGCGGCUAUGGCGAGGCCGGCGCCAGACGAGAUGGCAAUGAGGAUGCGAUGGGGCUGCUCGAAGACGACGAGGGGCAGCCAGGCCGAUACUCCGACGGCAGUCGCCGAGCCGACGACGACGCGCCUCUACUGAAUGAGCAUGGAUCCCGCUCUCGAAGACGGCCCUCUUUCGCCAGCGAUCGCCUGGCGAGUAUAGGGUCGACGUUGCGCCUGCCGAGCUUUCUUUCCGUAGCGGGCUCCCAGAAGGGGGCCCCGAGUCCAGACGAUGCGGACGAUGCCGAGGAAGACGAUCCCUCAGCAUCUCGAGUUAUAUCAGUUGGAGCAGCGCAAUCCGUGCGCUUUCCCCCGAAUCUUAUAUCAAAUGCGAAAUAUACCGCUUUCAGCUUCCUCCCCGUCACGUUAUACAACGAAUUCUCUUUCUUCUUCAACAUGUACUUCUUGCUGGUAGCUCUCUCCCAGGCUAUCCCCGCCUUGAGGAUAGGCUAUCUUUCGACGUACGUGGCACCCCUGGCGUUUGUGCUUAUCAUCACGAUGGGCAAGGAAGCAUACGACGACAUUGAACGGCGGCGGAGAGACAACGAAGCGAACGCGGAGCCAUACCAGGUCUUGCAGUUCAGCAAAGAUCCUCCAGCACGCGACCAAGCCGGCCGAACUGCGCAGACGCUGAAGUCAUCCUCGCUGCGAAAUGGACGGCGACGUGCUGCCCUGAACCGGGACAGAUUGGCGGAUAUACAGGAGGAAGAGGAGCGCGCGGAGGGUGAGGGUAUUCAUCAGGCAUCGUCCUAUGUGACGGAAGUAAGCAAGAAGUCUCGUGACCUAAAGGUUGGAGACGUUCUGAAACUCAGCAAAGGCCAACGAGUGCCGGCAGACAUCGUCAUCCUGAAGUGCAUCACUGCGGAUGUCACCCCGGCUACCGAGGCGACCCCUCAGAAUACAGGCACUGAGUCGCUGCUGGUCGACACCUCAGAAACUGACGAAGCGGGCUCGCACACUUCGAGAUCCAGGAAGGGAAAGGCGGCUGAAACCACGCAGUCAGAACCUGCGAGCGAAGGUCCUUCUGGUGAGACAUUUAUCAGAACAGAUCAGCUUGAUGGCGAGACAGAUUGGAAGCUACGUCUGGCGUCUGCCCUGACCCAGUCCUUACCACUGGAGGAAUUUGUGCGACUCCGCGUAACCGGCGGCAAGCCUGACAAGAAAGUCAACGACUUUGCGGGGACAGUCGAGCUCUUACCACCGAGGUCCGCGCGUCGGAAUUACGAUGUGGUUGAGGGCGAGGAGGAAGACUCGAGCUCGGCGCCCCUGUCGAUUGACAACACCGCCUGGGCAAAUACUGUCAUUGCAUCACAAGCGAUCACACUUGGCGUGAUCGUCUACACUGGUCCACAGACCCGAUCCGCACUUUCCACCUCAGCCUCACGGUCCAAAACCGGCCUGCUCGAAUUCGAAAUCAACUCUCUGACCAAGAUCCUCUGUGCCCUGACACUGGCCUUGUCCAUCAUCCUUGUCGCUUUGGAAGGGUUUGGCAAUACUGAGGGCAACAUUUGGUAUGUCAAGAUCAUGCGGUUUCUGGUUCUAUUCUCGACCAUUGUCCCCAUCAGUCUGCGCGUCAACCUGGAUCUUGGAAAGAGCGUAUAUUCCUGGUUUAUCCAGAGGGACCCAGGUAUCCCUGGUGCUGUGGUGCGCACAAGCACGAUCCCGGAAGACCUCGGGCGCAUCGAGUACCUACUCAGCGACAAGACCGGUACUCUUACGCAGAAUGAGAUGGAGAUGAAGAAGAUCCACGUCGGCACGGUUUCUUAUGCCAAUGACGCCAUGGACGAGGUCGCAGCCUAUGUCAAGCAUGGAUUUGUCAGUACGACGGCAGAUAAUUCUCUAGUGACGCCCUCGUCUACAUUCACCACAACAGCGGGAGUCACAGCGACACGGACGCGGCGCGAGAUCGGUACACGGGUGCGAGACGUCGUUUUAGCCCUGGCCUUGUGCCAUAAUGUCACGCCAACGACAGACGAAGAGGAUGGUCAGAUCGUUACUUCGUACCAAGCCUCAUCGCCAGACGAGAUUGCCAUCGUGCGGUGGACAGAGUCUGUCGGGCUUCGAUUAGCAUCUCGAGAUCGCAAGAGCAUGGUACUUGAGUCUACAACCACAGGGAAGCCUGUGGUUCAAGUGCGAAUCCUGGAGGUCUUUCCAUUCACAUCUGAAGGCAAGCGCAUGGGCAUCAUUGUUCACUUCUACGAGCACUCACAAGCUUCACCGCCGAGCUUGGACUCGGGAGAGAUAUGGUUCUAUCAGAAAGGCGCCGACACGGUCAUGAGCAAGAUUGUUGCUGCAAAUGAUUGGCUCGACGAGGAAACUGCAAACAUGGCUCGCGAAGGCUUGAGAACGCUUGUGGUUGGCCGCAAGAAGCUCGCACUCAGCCAGUACCGCGAGUUCUUGGCGGCAUACCAGGCAGCAUCUCUCGCAAUCACUGGUCGCGAUGCUGGCAUGCAGCAAGUGGUUGCACAGCAUUUGGAACACGAUCUCGAAUUGCUCGGUGUCACUGGUGUUGAGGACAAAUUGCAACGUGACGUCAAGCCGUCUCUCGAGCUCCUCCGGAAUGCCGGCAUCAAAAUCUGGAUGUUGACAGGAGACAAGGUCGAGACGGCAAGGUGUGUUGCAGUCAGCUCGAAGCUUGUUGCUCGCGGGCAGUACAUCUAUACGGUAGCACAGCUCAAACGCAAGGAGAAUGCCCAAGACCAUCUCGACUUCCUCCGCAGCAAGACCGACUCUUGCUUGCUGAUAGACGGCGAAAGUCUGACUCUGUUCCUUACGCACUUUGGGCCCGAGUUUAUCUCCGUGGCUGUACGCCUCCCCACGGUCGUCGCGUGCCGGUGCUCGCCAACACAAAAAGCCGACGUGGCGCGACUGAUCAAGGACUUCACCAAAAAGCGCGUCUGCUGCAUUGGCGACGGUGGCAACGAUGUAUCUAUGAUUCAGGCCGCUGACGUCGGUGUUGGUAUCGUCGGAAAAGAAGGACGCCAAGCUAGUCUUGCUGCCGACUUCUCCAUUGAGCAGUUCUGCCACCUCACCAAGCUUCUCGUUUGGCAUGGCCGUAAUAGCUACAAGCGCAGUGCUAAGCUCGCCCAGUUUGUCAUACAUCGCGGUUUGAUCAUUGCCGUAUGUCAGACCAUGUACAGCAUCGCCAUCAAGUUUGAGCCAGAGGGUUUGUACAAGGACUGGCUCCUGGUUGGUUACGCCACGGUGUACACUGCCAUGCCUGUCCUGUCUUUGGUGCUGGACAAGGAUGUCGACGAGAACCUCGCCAACCUGUACCCCGAGCUUUACAAGGAGCUGACCUCUGGCCGCUCGCUUUCUUAUCGGACGUUCUUCGUGUGGGUGGCAGUCUCGAUCUACCAGGGCGGCAUGAUUCAGGGCCUAUCGCAGCUUCUGACCGAGGUGGACGGGCCGAAGAUGGUUGCCGUGAGCUACACGGUCCUCGUGCUCAACGAGCUGCUCAUGGUCGCCAUUGAGAUCACCACGUGGCACCCGGUUAUGAUCGCCUCGAUUGUGGGCACGUUCCUGAUCUACAUUGCCUCGAUUCCUUUCCUCGGCGGGUACUUUGACCUUGACUUCCUACUGAGCUGGGGUUUCCUAUGGCGAGUCCUUGCUAUCGCCGCGUUGUCUCUGAUUCCUCCGUAUGCAGUCAAGCUCAUUCGGAGAACGAUGAGGCCGCCCUCGUACAGGAAAGUGCAGGGGAUUUGAGGAGCCAUGCGUCAGCUUCGCGCGCAUGUUCUUGGAGGAAAAGGUAAAGAUGGGCAGAGUUUUUGGCUAUCGAAUCAGUGACGAAAGCAUAGUUUCCUUUUUAACGAUGAGCAUUUUCAGUGGCGUCCUUGUCGUGGUUUCUUUCAUGUGUGGUCAUGGAGAGGUUGGUAAGGAAGGCGGUGGUCCACGGACUGUUGAGCUGCUGGCCGAGUUGUUUUGCUUUUGUACGUAGUCAUGACUUUACAUACAUAUAUAUCUCUGGGUAUCUUGCCGGCUGGGGUGCGAAUUUACCUCUAUUCCAUCACUCCUGGCGCCGCUGUAAAGGCGAAAGAAGUGUGCUGACAAAGCAGAGAUGCCGCCCAAGACGGACUCUCUUAUCUACAAGUGACGC